AUGGAUAUUAGUGAUGAUGUUGUAGAUAUGACACAAGAAAAGCAAAAUGAGCAAGAUGAACAACAAAUGGAGAACAUCAAGACUUACCAAAGGAGUGGAGAUUUCAUAAAUAUCAUCCACAAGAGGAUUGAAUCUAAAAAUGUAGUUAAGGCUCAAAAUGAUGAAAGUUGGAUUCUUGCUAUACAAAAAGAACUUAAUCAAUUUGAGAGGAACCAAGUUUGGAAGCUUGUCCCUAGACCCAAAAAUGAUUCCAUUAUUGAAACUAAAUGGUCUGCUUAUUAUGAGGUCUUAGUCAAGGAAUUUUAUGGGUCCAUUAAGGUGGAAAAUGAAGAUGCUUUUAUAGUAAAACUGAAAGGGAAAACCUAUAGAGUUUCUAAAAAUGACCUAGCUAUGGUUUAUAGGAUACCAAAUGAGGCAACUCUAGUGAGUAAAAGUAGUGAGGUGAAUGCUUUGAAAAAUUUCAAUAAGGUUGGGGGUAAAAACAAUAAGGAAGUAGAGAUAGAGAAAGAAAAUGAGAAAGAACAAGAAGAGGGAGAUAAAAGUGAGGAAUCUGAAACUGAAAGUGAGAAGGGUAGUAGUGAAGAUAGUGAGAAAAGUGAAAGCAAUGAGGACGAGAGUGAAAAAGAUGGAAGAAGUGAGAAUGAAGAAGAAAAAGAGGAUUUAGAAAGUGAGUAUGAUGAAUCUAAGGAGGAGAUGAGAGACAAAGAAAAAGAACCUAGUGAGAAAAUAGGAGAGAAAAGAAAAGAUUAUGAGAUCCCUACUUAG